ACGGGCACACUCCAGUUCAGCCAUGACAGCAUGGAACUCUGGGUAGGAGAGCGGGAAGCGCCGAAAACCAGCGACAACAAGGACAGGAUUCGGACAACCAGUUUACGCUAGCGCUGAGGAGAAGUUUCCCCUGCUAUUUCAAAAGAGCGUCUAGUAACACAUCGCGUUGAGGAACUUGAAUACUGUGUCGCAAGCGACUAUGUUCAGCCCUAGAUUUCCGGCUGCAUUGAUGAUUGUCUCGACUGUAUGCCUGUCCACGCAUUUAUCAGUGAUACAGACGAAUAAGAUGAUGCUGGUGAAGAGUUCAUAUUAAACACACUGGUGAAUGACAAGUGAAAAGGGAAGGACGUUUAAAGUUUUGAAUUUGAACACAAUGCUUGGGAGCUGAGUAGGCAGGAUGGACGAAGGUCAAGGACAGACGGAUGAUUGUGAUACGGAUGAUAGUACACCAGCAGGAUGCAGAACACACAGUGAUGGAGACACGUCAUCAGACGGGGAACACAUGGGACCUGCAGGUGUUGCCAUGGGCAACCCACAAGGAGCAACUGAAGGAGCAGGCAUGGAGGAUGCUGAUGUUUAUGAAGAGAAUGAUGACGAAUAUUAUGAUUGCACAGACGAAGAAGAAGAGGUGGAUGGGAUACGAGACAUGUCACAACUUGGAGCAGGUGCCAUUGGGGUCAAAUUCCAGGCUGUUCAUCAAGAGUCCUAUCAACUUGUAGAUAAAGAUACCACGUCACUAGUACAACACCUUAUGGGCUGCUGUCAGCAGCCACCGGGAGAAUUAGCAUCAGCGCCUCAGCAACGAGAGCAGCUCCAACCUUCAGCUGGUGAAGUUGAUCUAAGAACAAGUCUACAGGUUCCGGGAACAUCAGCUCUGACACCAGCCUCCACGUCGUCGCUUUACCCCAAAAUACUAGGAUCUCCUUUAACAGAGAUACAGUCCUCCGGGCUGCCUCUAGUACCAGUGACUGGUGGAUCUUCUACAGUCACACAGUACAACGUUAUCAAAGUAGAGCAACAUUUUGGAGAUGUGACUGUGAAGGGAGGCAAGAAUCUGAACAUUGGCGGAACUCAGAAUGUCGGUACAACUCCCACCAACCAGGAAGAAGAGGAGAAGACACCGACUGCAGCACAGAGGAUCAGGAAAAGGACGGCAUCCAGGAUAAAGUCGUGGACUAAAGACAUGGUGGAGACAGAGGCCCUCAAGGAAGUGAAAGGAAAGCUGGACAUAGGAGCCACAUGGGUGACAAUUAAAGGAAAACCUGGAGAGGGUAAGUCCACAAUAGCCUACAUGGCUCUCAAAGACCAGUACAACCAGGGGAGACAAGUAUACCAAGUGGUGUCACCAGAGGAGUUCAAUGAAGUCCUAAUGGCUUGCUCAAAUCCUGUCAUUCUGUUAGAUGACAUAUUUGGUGAUCUGGAAUUCGACGCAGCUGAGUUGGCCAAGUGGAAACCAAGUUUCCGACCUAUUAUGGAUGUGAAACAUCCCGACAAAUAUGUUGAAAAAGAUCCUGUUGACAAGUCUACCAAAACGGAAAAAGUUUCAGAGAGAACAAAAGUUGAUCCAACACAGAAAAAACAAACAAGUCCAAACAAAGACAAAACUAUCAUUAUCCUCGUAGGCCGUGACUACGUGCUGAAAUCCUCAUUAGUAAACUUGGGAAGGAUGGCAGAUUACAUUUCAAGUCCCCAAUACGUAGUGGAAGUUUCCUCACAGAGAGACUCUUAUGAGCGGAGAAAGAUAUGGCGUGUUCACGCUGAAGCAAAAAACACAAACUUUGAAGAGUCAGUUGUGUCUCAGAUAUGUAAGGCAGACUGUCCACACGGCUUUCCCCAUGUAUGUAAAAUGUUUGCCACAGCAUAUGAAAAGGAUUGGACUCCGCUUCAAAUGGAAAUGUUUUUUCAAGCGCCACUGGAUUUUCUCAGAAAGACUUUGGAUAAAUUUCUUCAAGACACGAAAAAGCGUUCACUGUUCAUGGCCAUGAUUAAAAGAGAUGGGAAGAUUAGUUUGCAAGAGCUGGAAGAGGAGGACAGUCUAGGGUAUGUAAGCAUAGCAGCUGCUGACGAUUUAGUUGGAACUUACCUCAAGAAGGAAGAUGACACCUACCUGUUUGAUCAUCCGUCUAUAUAUGACAGCGUUUCCUUUAUUCUCAGUACGAAACAAUCGAAGUUUGUUAUUGAAAAUUGUAGAUUGUCAUUUAUCAAUCAGCGACUUCGUCUUCCAUCCUCCGAAAUAGGAACAAACGUUGCUGGUGAUACAGAUAUUGUUGCAAAAAUCCCACAGACUUAUGCUGGACAUUUAGCAAGAAGAUUUGCAAGUGAAAUUGAAAACAGCAAUUUGCAUGUUUUUUCUCACCAGGCAUUUUGUGAUUCAGACUUUGUUGACUUGCUAAUGGACUGCCUGAAGAAGCGGUUUCACAUGUGUGUAGCGGAUAUUGUGAAACUAACUGAUAACUCAUCAAAAAAGUCAUUUUAUGAAUUCCUUUCCAGCAUCAAAGCACAUCAUCUCAUCGACUUUUUUGAGGAGAAAGAAAGUGAAUAAUUUUUCCAAAGUGAAGGAGUAAAUAUGAGAUACAGCCUGAAGCAGACACCGCUUAUGUUAGCAGCAGAAACCAAAGACAGUGUGUUUGUCAAUCAGAAUUUAUCCCUUAUCCUUGAUCUAAUGCAAGAACGAUAAGGAUCUUAGUGGGUUUGGUUAUCUUUCCAAAAAAAGUGGAACAUGCUAUUGACAAGGGUGUGGACGUUAAAGCAUCAACAGCCAUAUGAACACCCCAUAUACCAUUCUGAAAAGGAAGGUCACUUAGAGGCGGUGAAACUGUAAGCUAGCAGACGAUGUGAUAUAGAUAGUCUGAAAGGUCAAAAAGGUCAUUUUCAGAAUCGUAACGAGAAGAUAGGUGUGGUUCUUUCUAAACAGAGGAGUAGAGUUUGACGCUUUUGAUUUGUGCACAGCAUGUGAGGUCGGAUGUCGUCAAGAUGAGGUGAAUGUCGUCAAGAUGUUGUUUGAGAAGGGUGCUACUGUGAAAGUUAAGUCAGAAUGUUUAUGUUGCGAUGGCUGAGCGGGUUAGACGGCUGACUUUGUUGAACUAAAGUCUGCUGUUCAGGUUUGGGUGUCAUUUGGAAAAGGGAAAAACUUCAGAUAUUAUAACCUCAACAGAAUAUCCCAAGAAGAUGAGUGGCGCUUCUCUUUUUUUCCACGCAUUCACUGGUUCUGACACAACAUCACAGUUCAGUGGAAAAGGCAAGAAGACUUCUUGGA